ACGCUCAUCCACUAACUUUGUAUGGUCACUCAACCAACCUAAGCAUAAGGUUCGUUGACUGUGCGUUUUCGUCUUGGUAACAUUAUGUGAUUUUAAAAAAAAAUGUCCCGUCGAAGGUAAUGAUAUGGUAAAUAUUUUUCCGGUUCCUUUAAUUUUGUUCGCCUAAAACGGAAACACGAGCCUUUGCGGAACAGCCAACUCUUCUCUGUAUCCCUAACCUCCUCCGACAGCGUCCUGUGAGGGCUGCUAGCUAUGAUGUGAUUGUGAUAGCCGCCGUCGAGGGAAGUUAUAAUUGACAUUAUCAUAGCUGAAUGGCUACAGCACCGGUCUGUCUGGCUUCAUUUAACGCUUGCAUGCCCUCAUUUCGAUAAUCAUUUGUGCUCCGCGUCGGAGGGAACCGCUAUAUUUUCUUGGCGGAAAUAACCGAAGAGAGCGUAUUCGCGGUGCUGUAGUUCACACCUAAAAAAAAAGAUGUCAUUCUUCAAUUUUCGCAAGAUCUUCAAAUUAGGGCCGGAUAAGAAGAAGAAGCAGUAUGAACAUGUACACCGAGACGUCAAUCCCGAGGAAAUAUGGGAGAUUAUUGGGGAACUGGGAGAUGGAGCGUUUGGGAAAGUGUACAAGGCUCAGAACAAGCAGAAUGGGACCCUGGCUGCUGCUAAGGUUAUCGACACAAAGACUGAGGAUGAAUUGGAGGAUUACAUGGUUGAGAUUGACAUUCUGGCCUCUUGCAACCACCAUCACAUUGUCAAACUGCUGGAUGCCUUCUACUUUGAAAGCAAACUUUGGAUUCUGAUAGAGUUCUGUGCAGGCGGUGCUGUCGAUGCCAUCAUGCUGGAAUUGGAGAGGCCUUUGACUGAGCCCCAGAUUCGAGUGGUGUGUAAGCAGACCUUGGAGGCUUUGGCUUACCUUCAUGAGAGCAAGAUCAUUCACAGAGACUUGAAAGCUGGGAAUAUUCUCCUUUCCUUGGAUGGAGAUGUAAAACUGGCUGACUUUGGGGUGUCUGCUAAAAAUACCAAGACAUUACAGAGAAGAGAUUCUUUCAUCGGCACUCCAUAUUGGAUGGCUCCAGAGGUGGUAAUGUGCGAAACUUCCAAAGACCGUCCAUACGACUACAAGGCCGACAUCUGGUCCCUCGGCGUAACGCUCAUAGAACUGGCACAGAUUGAACCGCCCAACCAUGAGAUGAAUCCCAUGAGAGUGCUACUGAAAAUAGCCAAGUCCGAGCCGCCCACACUCAUGCAUCCCUCUCGCUGGUCACCAGAAUUCAGCGACUUUUUGCGGAAAGCACUCGAUAAGAAUCUGGACAAUAGGUGGAGUUCAGUACAGCUUCUGCAGCAUCCUUUUGUCAGCAGUGUAACUGACAGCAAACCUCUCAGAGAGCUCAUAGCUGAGGCCAAAGCUGAAGUCACAGAAGAGCUUGAGGAUAGCAAAGAGGAGGAGGAGGAAGAAGAACCUGAUACACCUCUGGUGGGUCCAGGGCACAAGCGAGCACCUUCUGAUGUUAGUGUGGCCAGCUCAGAAGAUGACAAAGUUCCACCAACUCCCUCCACCCUCGAGUCUGUUAAAGAAAAGAUGGAAACUGAGCCUGCUGAGGACCAGACUAGUGAUAAGUUCUCUGAUGAAGGACUUGGAACAAGUGAAGUAGACAAGACUGAGGAGGAGAAAUUAAAUGAGGUGUCUGAUGCCAGUAAUGAAGACCUGGCAUCUGGACUAGUAGAGCCCAGCAAAGACAUCAUCUCAUACGCUUCCACAGAGCCUCAGCCAGAAGGGGGUGAAGGUGAAGAACCUUCUACUGAGCAGGUCAUAUCACAGCCAGAAGAACCUGUACAUACAACAGACAUCCAAGAGCCUGUCAUAGAUGGCCAAGAAACAGAGGAGGAACAGAAGGAGCCAGAAGAAAGGAUGUUAGGUGAUGAAGCUACCCAGGUAAUAGAAGAAGAAAAAGAGCCAGAGCAGCCGAAACAAGAGGAAGAAAAAGAAACUGAUAAAGAAAAUUCCACAGAAUCACAAGAGCAACCUGAAGAUAUAGAAAAAACUGAAUCCAUAUCAAGAGAAGUGCCACAGGCAGAAGAAGAAAGCAAAGAAUCAGAAGAAGAGAUGAGUCAAAAACUAACAGAGGACAGAAUAAAAGACAUGGCUAAUGGCAUAAAUGAAAAUGUAGACAUGGAGAAUAUAGAAUCUGAUGGAACACACACAUUUAUAAAUGAAGACACAGAUACUAAGUCAAGUUUGGAUGAGUCAUCCACUGAGCCUGUAGAAACAAAACCAGAGUCCAAGCCUAUAGAUGAGACCAACGAGGAGUCACAGCAACCCGAACAAGAGAAUCAAACCAGAGAGGAGGCUAAAGUGAAAGAACAAGUACCAACUGAGUCCACAAAUGGAGUAUGUGAUGAUGUCAAAGACACUUCUGAGGAUUCAGAAGAAGUUGUCCCAUCCAAAGAUUCCCCUGUGAAAGAAGAAGUGGAAAAAGCAACCCACGCAGAUGAGAGCACUUCCCAAGAUGCUGUCUCUGUCCCAGAGAGUGAAACCGAUUCAGAGGCUAAGAUGGAGCAAGGAAGCCCUGCUAUGAUCAGACCAGAUGUGGAGAAGGAUUCUGACUCUGGGAGCAGCUCUGCUGCUGAUAACAACAGCCUCGACCUCAAUUUGUCCAUCUCCAGCUUCCUGUCUAAGAGCAAAGAUGGUGGCUCUGUGUCUUUGCAGGAGUCAAAACGUCAGAAGAAGACACUGAAGAAGACACGGAAGUUCAUGGUGGAUGGUGUGGAGGUUAGUGUGACAACAUCAAAGAUAGUGACUGAUAACGACACCAAGAAUGAGGAGAUGAGGUUCCUGAGGCGGCAGGAGUUGAGAGAGCUGCGCCUCCUCCAGAAAGAGGAGCAAAGGGCCCAGCAGGAGCUGAGCAACAAGCUGCAGCAGCAGAGAGAGCAGAUCUACAGGCGUUUUGAACAGGAAACUACAGCUAAAAAGCGUCAAUACGACCAAGAAGUGGAGAAUCUUGAGAAGAAACAAAAACAGACCAUUGAGCGACUGGAGCAGGAUCACACCAGCCGGCUCCGAGACGAAGCCAAACGCAUCAAAGCAGAUCAAGACAAGGAGCUCUCCAAGUUCCAAAACAUGCUGAAGAACCGCAAGAAAGAGGCGAUACAGGAAGUCGGACUUUCACCCAAACACAUGAGAAAAGAGCUCCUGAAACGCUUAAAGGAGGACUUCGCAUUCCUCCAGACUGCAGAGGAGCAAGAGUUCCUACAGAAGCAGCAGCAAGACUUGGAUGGAGCUCUUAAGAAAAUCAUCCAGCAACAUAAAGUGGAGAUCGCCACGAUUGAGAGGGACUGCCUCAACCACAAACAGCAGUUAAUGAGAGCUCGAGAGGCAGCCAUGUGGGAGUUGGAGGAGCGCCAUCUGCAGGAGAAGCACCAACUGCUGAAGCAGCAGUUGAAAGACCAGUACUUCAUGCAGAGACACCAGCUGCUGAAGAGGCAUGAGAAGGAAAUGGAGCAGAUGCAGCGCUACAACCAGCGUCUGAUAGAGGAGCUGAAGAACAAACAAACUCAAGAGAGGGUCCGUCUGCCCAAGAUCCAACGCAGUGAUGCCAAGACCCGGAUGGCCAUGUUCAAGAAGAGCCUCCGCAUCACCGCUACAGCAUCUGUCACCCCAGAGCAGGAGAGAGAGCGGAUAAAACAGUUUGCUUUGCAGGAAGAAAAGCGACAGAAGAGCGAGCGACUGCAUCAACACCAGAAACACGAGAACCAGAUGCGAGAUUUGCAGCUUCAGUGUGACUCCAACAUCAGGGAGCUGCAGCAGCUGCAGAAUGAGAAAUGCCACCUUCUGAUUGAGCAUGAGACCCAAAAGCUGAAGGAGCUGGAUGAGGAACACAGCCAAGAGAUAAAGGAGUGGAGAGAGAAGCUAAGACCCAGAAAGAAGGCGUUAGAGGAGGAGUUCACACGGAAGCUCCAGGAGCAGGAGGUCUUCUUCAAGAUGAGUGGUGAAUCCGAAUGCCUUAAUCCAACCACUCAGAGUCGAGUAUCCAAAUUUUACCCCAUCCCAAACCUGAAUAAUUCUGGCUUAUAGCCUAAUGUGUGUCCAUGCUACAAAGCAGACUGCUGUCAAACACGACUCCUACUGGUGGAGUGGCAACAUUUCUCUGACCGUUAACUGAAAACAUGAAAAUGUCUUUACCAUUUUAUUUCCACCGUUCGCGAGCAUGACGUGCCUACACACCGUUCCUUCACUUAAUCAGGUUUUCUCAGCUUGCUGGGAAACCUCUGAAUGGAUGAUAUGCACUUUUUUUUGAGCAUGGUCAGAUUUUAAAAGGCCGCAGUUGGUAGCUGAGGUCAGUCAUGCUUAUCAGAUUAUGGUUAAGCACAACCCGCUACAGUAUGAAUAAUCUCCAGUGCCUCGUGUUUUCUUUUAUUCUCUGUGUUUAGGCUCUCCCCUGUGUUUUCUGCAGCUUGCAGUAAAUAAAGUCCCGCCUGAAUGUUUUGCACUUAAAUAACUGGUUAUCAAUUCUGCUCAUAAUCAUAAGAUGUCAUGAGAUCAGCUUAAUUGUUUCACAUAAGCUGGUUAUUAAAGCCUGUUCUGAGAUUUAGUUUUAAUGCAUGUAAAAUAGACCUUGUUGGAGGCAUAUGGAGUCAAAACCAUAUAGCUGUAAGACUUUGUGUAGUCCUCUGUGCACAGUGUCUGAUUUGUAAUAGGAGUCAAAAUGUUGGGAUCGUAAGGCUGUGAGUUUGAAUGGAAAAAAAGAAUGUACUGUGUUGUAAGUGUGUACCUACAUAUGAGAUUUAAAUAAAUACUGUGCUUACAGAAGCAUUUUACCAUCUUAAGAGAUGAAUGAACAAAAAAUAUAUCUAUUUAUUUAGCACCUAAUUUCAUUUCAGUGGUGCAAAACAAGCAUCACCGUGAUCAGCGAAACAUAGAGGUGGCAUAUUGUUUUCCAGGGAUUUUUUAAAAAAAAAUAUGCAUCAAUUAAAUAAUUUCUCCCUGCAAUCUCACAAACAAACUGUACGAUUUAUUGUAAAGUAUAAUUACUGAAGGAAUGUAAAGAUGUUGAUUUGCACUGUAUUGCCACAUGAGCUAAAGAAAAAAUAUGCAGUAAAAAAACUUUGCCUCACUGAAGCCUAAUUCAAACUCCAAGCUUGUUUGAACUUUUUUCUUUUCUUUUGCUGCAUUUUUUUAAAAUUACUUUUAGCUUUUUUUUCCAAAUAUGCCCUUAGUAUUUUACGAACACACCUAAUGUCCUAAGCCUGUGUUCCUUGUAUGCUGUAAUCAUUCUUCACGGUGAGCUUUUGCUCUUGUUGAGACCAGUGCUGUAACUGUAUGAGUUUCAGUGUGUGAGGAGAUGCCCUCUGCUGCAUUUUACAAUGAAGUAUUGAUGGUUCACAACAAAAAAUGACUGUAGUUUAAUUUGCCACCACCUAUCAUCAAUGCAUGGUAUAAUUUCCGUAUGCUGACAUUGACUAGAGGUUUGUCAUAAAUGCUGGAUUUUUAUUGGGGUUUCUGGAGGCUGUGUCAUGUGAAUUACACCAUUCGACCAACAGAUUUCAAAUAUUUUUUUAUUUUAUUAAGUUACAGCAUUUUAAUGUUUCAUUCUACCACAAUGAAUAUUCUUUAGUAUAUGCAUUUUUUUUAUGUCAGAUGAAAGGUAUUUAAUGUGUCUUUAUAUAUGGACAUUUUUUUUUCUCUUGUAAAUAAAAUAUUGACUGUU